CAAUUAAAUUCGUGUAGUCACAGUCAAGUGCAGCGGUGCAGUUCCCGUGGACCCCACGGAGUUUCUUUUCAUCUGUGGAAGCAUUCCGCUUGCCUUUGUUCUUGUCGGUCACAUUUUAAUAUCCUGUGCGAGCUCUCUUGUUCACACUGCUUUACUCCUGUGCCAUGGGGUAGAAACUUUAAGAAACCCAGCUUACCGGCUUACAGCUUUGCAGAAGCGACGACAGCGAUGGGACACGAUUCGUGCUGGAGCUCGAGGUGGAGAGUGUUAGCUGCACUGGUGAUUUUCCAAUGCGCCAUUCUAAUGGUACAAUCUGACGAACCGAGACGCGAUGCAAAUUACCCUCCACCGGAGUUGCUGGAGAAGAUGAAACCAAUGCACGAUGCCUGUGUCGCUGAGACGGGUGCAUCCGAGGAUGCCAUCAAGCGGUUCAGCGAUCAGGAGAUCCACGAGGAUGACAAGCUGAAGUGCUACAUGAACUGUCUCUUCCAUCAAGCGGGCGUGGUGAACGAUAAGGGCGAGUUCCAUUACGUCAAGAUACAGGACUUUCUGCCCGAAUCGAUGCAUCUGAUCACGCUCAACUGGUUCAAGCGCUGCCUGUAUCCGGAGGGCGAGAACGGCUGCGAGAAAGCGUUCUGGCUGAACAAGUGCUGGAAGACGCGGGACCCGGUGCACUACUUUUUACCGUAGUGAGCUUUUUGUUUGUCCUCUUUUUUAACUACAAGGUUGCUCACUUACUCACUUACUUAUUCUUCGCUUAAAUCGCUUUGCGGUCAUGGUCCAUCUCGGCCUCUAAUAACGAACGCUAUCACACCAUAUUGCAACCUCAACUUCGGCCUACCACCUUAGCUCUGUCUCUGUGAACAACCAAUAAAGACUUUGUCAAGAUUCAAGCGAAUAAAACGACCAUCCCACAGGAGCCCACAGGA